AUGGAGGCAGCUAUUCAACAAGCUUAUGACGAAAUUGAGAAAUUUGUUUUGCAGCCAGAUUUCUGGGUUAAAAUCAACUCAAGCGAUCAAGAUAUUCUCGAUAAACUCAGAGAACCAGCUUAUUUAAUGGCUUUGAUCGAUUUCAUCAGUGUUGAAGAUCAUUAUCACUCAGCAAAGAAGUUUGGAAAAUUCUUCCAGUCUGCUGAUGCAUCAUUUACUGAAAUUUUUGCAACAAAUCUUCAAGUUGCAAACCAUGCAAUUGAAUCAAUUAAAAAGUGCAAGAAUUAUUCAAUGGCACUUGGAGUUAUCGGUCAAAUUUUCAGUAGAUGCAUCUGCAGCCUUCCAGAAGCUAUCUCAGAUUUAUUCAGAGUGUCAUCAACAGUUAUUCCAACAAUUGUUGAAAUGAUUCAAUACGAAAAUAUCUAUAACAUUGUUUACGAUGAAGUUUCUAUGUCUCAAUACAAAGGAAUUCCCCAUUUCUUCUGGAAUUUAAUCAGAAUUCUCGUUGGCAAGGAUAAAAUGGAAAAUCUUGAGAGUUAUAUUCCAGAAUACUUCAAGCUGUUCCGCGAGCCCGAAUUUCCACUUCCAACAUUGAGCACAGUACAAAGAAACAAUUUAAUUGCCAUCUUGAAGCUCUUCUGCCAGAAUUCAAUGCACAAUGGAUUAAUACCAUUCGAGGUUGGUCUAAACUGCCAUACGCUUUGCGGUUUUCUUACUCAAUACAUUAUAACAGAAAUGAACCAAGAUUUGCUUGCUGCAUUGCCUCUUAUCGAUCUAGCAUACACUUUAGUUGAAUCUAAGGAAAUUGAGAUGGUUGUUUUGUCACAUGUCGUUAAAAUGGUCAAAGAACAGAAAAUCGACCUUCUUCCAAUCAAAUACCUUUCCAAAUACAACUCAUUCAUCCCAUUAAAUGAAAUAAUCCCAUUAUUCCAAUAUAUUUCCGUUACAAACAUCCCGAAUAUUCCGUUAAAUUUGAUGUUAAAGUUAUUCAAAGCCAUCGCUCAGAACUGCAACGAUCCUGCCUUUGCCACACAAGUAUACGACAUAAUCAAGCAACAAUGGGAUGAUUCUUCGAGAUUGAAGAAAAUAUUUUAUAUAACUGUCAUUGCUUCAUUCAAUACUGCAAUUGGCGAGCCAAUAUUUAAUAAAAAGCUUAUUGCUGAGCUCGUUAUUCCAUUUACUUCAGUUGAAAAGACUCCAAAUCUUCCAAACUGGACAAUUACAGCUGCCGACCUCUAG